AUGUCAGGCUCCGAAACAGUAAUUGAACAAGGAUUGCAGGACAGUAAGGAGGAAAUUAAUCCAUCCACGAGCGCAGUAAACUCACCACCUGGAAUUCCGAAGGUCAUCAUCAAUGCCCCUGAUGGAGAUACACUCAAUCAAGGGGACAAAUUAAUUUCGGAGGUCAAGCAGAGGUACUCCGAGAUUAUUCAAGUUCCAGAGGAUGGUCUCACAGUGCAUCAACUCAUCCAACUGAGGCAGAUACAGCUCAGGGUGGACAGUAUUACGGAGGUUUAUCAGGAACUCACCAAGGUCAUCAUGACCGACGAGGAUGUCACCUCCGAGGAUUUGGACGGCCACGAUAGGAUCCUGGAUUCCGAAUGGGCAGAAUUACUCACCAUCCAGGGGAGCCUGAUCGAGUCCAUUCCACACGAUCACCCGUAUCUCGCGAACGGGGUAUUCGAGCAGGCAGCCACCACCAGGAAGCAAUGCGUCAGGCUCAUCAGCAGGUUGAGAGGUCAACUAGCUAAGAAAGCUCAGUCACCCAGUACACCACCGAGUCCUCAACAUCACGAUCAGCUGAAGAGACUGGACAUCAAGCCUUUUGAUGGCAAUCCUUCACAGUGGAAGGAGUUCAGUGACCUCUUCACUUCACUGGUGGGCAGCAAAUCUACAAUUCCCCCAGUGGAAAAAUUGGUGAGGCUGAAGAGCAGCCUCAGAGGACCAGCAGCAGCUCUGAUCUCUACGAUACCCAUCAGCGAUCAGAAUUAUGAGAACGCAUGGAGAAAGCUCCAAAAGAAGUACGAUGAUCCCAGACUUUUGGCACAGUACUUAUUUAAUCGAGUCCUGGAGUUGCCAAAAAUCACCAAACCCACGGAACAGAAUCUCACCGACAACGUGGCAGCAGUGGUCGAGUCGCUGGACCAGCUCAGAACAGUGGCCGGCCUUUCAGAAGCGAACCUAACUGAACAGCUGUUCGCUCACCUCCUGAGGAAGUCCUUGGACGCAGAGACUCUCAGACAAUGGGAGUUGAAAUUGGGAGACGCCAAGGAUUUCCCCAGUCUCACAGAGUUCGUCGUAUUCGUGGAGUCCUGUGCCAGGGGUAUCAACGCAGGGUCCAAACUCCACUCCAGACAGCAGAUCACCGCUCCCAGCAAACCACCUAUUAAAAAGAAAGGAGCUUACGCAGCAACUCAACAAGUGGAGGACAGCGCUCAGCAGAACAGUCACCAAAGGAAAGAGUGUUCCAUGUGCAAAGGGAACCACUUUGUCGACAAGUGUCAGCAAUUCAAGGAGCUGGACCCAGUAAAAAGAAACGGCCUGGCCAUCGACAAGAAACUAUGCUUCAGGUGCCUGGGCACGCACAAAAAAGACAGGUGCAGCUCAGACGAACAAUGCCACAAGUGCAAAGGAUCUCACCACACUCUGAUCCACGGAGGCAGCAGGUACACAGGAUGGGCUCCUCCACGUCGUGACUCGGAAGCUGCAGGGUUCUCUGGAACUGCCAACAGACCUGCAGAAGAGAGGAUCGACGAGGACCAGACUAAGCCCAGUACAUCAACAGCAGCAGUUAACCUCAACAAUCAGAUGACCAAUGGGAACCAGCAGUCAAAUCAACCUUCAGAAGAUCAACAAUCGGUGCUGCUGGCGACAGCCCGAGUUACAGUGAAAUCACCACGAGGAUUCUCCAGCAGAGCCAGAGUCCUCAUCGAUCAGGGAUCAGAGGUGUCAUUCAUCUCAGAAAAACUAGUAAAUCAACUGCACUUGCCCAGGAAAUCAACAACGUUGGAAUUAAUCGGAAUUGGAGGAGUUAAUUCCGGCAGCACGAGAGGAUUGGUAUCAGUUACACUUCAGGCAAUCAACGGAAAACAACAGGUUCAGAUCAGCGCCCACAUAUUGAAGAGACUCACCGCAAUUCUACCAUCGUUCUCAUGUGCCUCAGCGAACAUCGGUUCAUUAGAAAAUCUCCAGCUAGCAGAUCAGCAGUAUCUCAAGCCCGGACCAAUCGAUAUCAUCAUAGGGGCUGACAACUACGGGCGAAUCAUCAGAGAUGAAGUUGUCAAGUCCAAGCAGUCAAAAGUCGUCGGCCAACGCACAGUCUUUGGUUGGAUUCUAUCAGGUCCAAUCAACUGCACCGGUUGUUCAGCGAGGAUCUCCCUAUCAGCUGUAAGGACCUCCUCAAACGAACAACUUCUAGAACUUCUCCAGAAAUUUUGGGUCCAGGAAGAGUUACCAGUUCAGCAGUCAGAAAAUUCAGAGUUAUCACCAGACGAGCUGGAGUGUGAGAAACACUUCAGGUCUACACACAGCAGAGAUUCAACGGGACGUUACAUCGUGAGGCUCCCAUUGAAAACAUCUUCAGCAGCUCUCGGGGAGUCGAAAUUCAAGGCUUCACGUCAGCUGAGAUCUACAAUCAGCAAACUCACCAAUAAUCAGGCAUAUGCCCAGCUGUAUAAGGAGUUCAUCAACGAGUACGAAACUUUGGGUCACAUGCAAAGAGCACCAGAGACAACAGAACCCGUUCCAGUUUAUUAUCUUCCACACCACGGGGUUCUGAGAGCAGAUGCAAUCACCACAAGGUUGAGAGUCGUCUUCAACGGCUCCAGCCCCACUUCAUCAGGAACGUCACUCAACGACAUUCUACAUCCAGGUGGAAAACUUCAGACCAACGCCAUGGACGUUCUAACAUGGAUGAGAAAGUACAGGCUCGUGUUUGGCACUGACAUAGUCAAGAUGUUCAGGCAAAUACGAGUUCAUCAGGACGAUUGGGACCUGCAGAGAAUUUUGUGGGUUGACGACAACAAACAGCAAAUCUCCUACCAGCUCACCACCGUCACCUACGGGCUCAAUUGCUCCCCAUGGCUGUCUCUGAGAGUUCUCCAGCAGUUAGCAGAGGACGAGGGUCCACGAUUUCCAGCAGCCGUCGAGACAAUCACCAGAGGUCGUUACGUAGACGACAUCUACGGCGGAGCAGACUCACCAGCAGAACUCAAGGAGAUAGUAUGGCAGUUACAAGGACUUUGCCAGGCAGGAGGCUUCCCUCUCCAGAAAUGGAGCAGUAAUUGCCCUCAGCUCUUGCAUGAGCUCGGCCUAUCAACAGAGGAAGAAGUCAUUCAGUUUGAAGAGUCCGUCACCAAGGUACUGGGUCUGUGUUGGCAUCAGUCGUCCGACACAUUCCAGUACAAAUCCAGAGACUUCAACACAGAGACGAUCACCAAGAGAAUUGUCUCUUCAGAGAUAGCCCAGAUCUUCGAUCCUUUGGGAUUUAUCGCUCCAGUCGUCGUCCAGGGGAAAAUUCUCCUUCAGGAUCUCUGGAAACUCAAAUGCAGUUGGGAUGACCCCCUCCCCGAAGAGUACAUUCACCGGUGGGAGUCAUUUCGCCAGGAACUCACCGAACUAGAUAAAGUUGCAGUACCCAGAUGGCUCAGAAUCUCACCUCAGACAAACGACAUCCAAUUACACGGAUUCGCAGAUGCCUCAACAGUAGCUAUGAGUGCUGUGGUCUACAUUCGCACUCAGAAUCUCAACGAGCCAGCCUCCACAGUUUUGGUCUGCGCUAAGACCAAGGUAGCACCGAUCAAGCGCAUGACUGUUCCACGUCUGGAACUUACUGCAGCUCUCCUGUUAACUCAACUCGUAACAUCAACGCAGCAGAUGCUCCAGCUAGACCAGGUAGAAACUCACCUUUGGUCAGACUCAGCAGUAGCUCUCGCGUGGAUCAGGAGUCCGGCCUCGAGAUGGAAAGACUUCGUCCACAACAGAGUGGUAAAAAUCCAGGAAACUCUCCCGAAUGCCACUUGGAGACACGUCAGUGGGAAGGAGAAUCCAGCCGACUGCGCCUCCAGGGGCAUAACACCAAGUCAGCUAGCAGAUCAUCACCUCUGGUGGACAGGACCUGAUUGGAUAAAUCAGGACCCUGAAGACUGGCCACGAUCAACUAUCGAUGCUCCACCAAUGGACAUCCCAGAAGUGGCCAAAGAAGCGAAACCAGCAAAAUCUCACCCAGUCGUACAGAGAAUCAACGAGAUUGCCGAGCUCCUCAACAGAUACAGCACGAUGGCAAAGCUGUUAGCAGUAACAGCGACCAUCAACAGGGCCAUCGACAGAUUCAGGAGGCAGCCAAUGCCCCCGGGAUCUAUCUUGACGACCAGAGAACUCAACGAUGCGAGAUUAUUUUGGGUAAAAAUAACACAACACCAGUACUUUGUUUCAGAACUCAGGGUACUUCUCAGAAAUCAGCAGCUACCUAGAAAUCACCAGUUAGCGAAACUCACCCCAACUCUGGACGAGGAGGGCAUCAUGAGACUUGGGGGACGCCUCAAGAACUCAGAACUCCAUCCAGAACAGAUCCACCCAAUAAUCUUGCCACGUCAGUCCAGAUUCACCACACUCGUCAUCGCAGAAGCUCACCAGAAGACCCUCCACGGAGGGACACAGCUCACCUUGGCCUACACUCGGCAACGCUAUUGGAUACUCGGUGGCAGGGGCACAGUUAGAGCCUACAUCCUACGCUGUGCUAUCUGCGCCAGACACCGAGCUAGACAGGCUCAGCAACAGAUGGGUCAAUUGCCCGCAACCAGAGUCUCACCAGCAAGAGCAUUUCUCCACACGGGGGUGGACUAUGCAGGUCCUUUCGCCAUCCUCAAGUGGAGACCCACGAAUGCUCAACCGGGAUCAGUGCACAUCGCAGUGUUCGUGUGCUUCACCACGUCAGCAGUUCACCUAGAGCUCGUCAACAGGCAAACCACAGAAGCCUUCCUCGGAGCUUACAAGAGAUUCACCGGAAGACGAGGUAUUCCAGCAGUCAUGUACAGUGACAACGCCACCACCUUCGUCGGAGCAGCAGAUCAACUCGAAAGGCUCUAUCACCAAGCAUCUAAAGAAAAUCAACGUGUUCAGGCUGCUCUCGCCACCAAUGGGACUCAGUGGAGCUUCUCACCACCUAGAGCACCCCAUUUUGGUGGCAAAUGGGAAGCAGCAGUAAAAUCAACGAAGCAUCACCUCAAGAGAGUCCUGGGAACGACAACGCUAACAUUUGAGGAACUCAACACAGUCUUAGUUCAGAUUGAAGCCUGCCUAAACUCCAGGCCAAUCUGUCCGAUGUCAGACGACCCAGAAGAUCUUCAGGUUCUCACCCCAGGACACUUCUUAAUCGGCGAGCCUCUACAGAUAGUACCAGAGUCAUCCUACGUCGACGAGAAUCCCCUCAAGAUGAGGAGAUGGAACCUCGUGACUCGGAUAGUUCAACAGUUCUGGUCCAGGUGGUCCAAAGAGUGUCUCCAACGAUACCAGGCUAUCUACAAGUGGAAGACACGCCAGCAGAACAUCGAGGUUGGUAACAUGGUGCUGAUGGUCGACGAUAACCUUCCACCAGCCCAGUGGCCAAUCGCCAGAGUCAUCGCGACUAGACCAGGAGCAGAUGGGCUCACCAGAGUAGCCACAGUCAGAACGAGCAAAGCAGAAGUCGGCAGACAUCAAGAUGGGUCGCCUAAUCUCCAGAACAUCACAGCAGCCCACUCGGUGUUUGACAGACCAAUCACCAAGCUCUGUCUGCUUCCUACAGACCCACCUACACCAGAACAACCUCCAGAAGAAGAUCACCCAGAUGAUGAAGACGAUCAACAGCAAGGGGACAUCCAGGAACUGCAGGACUGA